UCUUUACUGUUUAUAAGUAUUUAGCCCAGGUUGGCAGCCCCACCAUCUGUUUUCUUUUGCUAAAAUUGAAUUGAACGCCGCUAAAUGUUUGUUUAGUGUUAAUUCGGCACUCGGUCAAGAUCGGCCUGUUGACCAAAUAUGCAGCCCACCAAAACGGAUUCACGGCUUCGUCUAAAUGCUGGAGGUGGGAGUGCCCCGUCAACAGAUACUGGGGUAUAUGUGAAGGUUGUUGAGUCCCAAUGCGAGACCGAUGGAUUCGUCAAUGAGCAGUGGACAGAACCGGCGGUACCCGGCCCAGUUCCCUAUAAAACCAUUGCCAUCAUCCUAUUGCUUUUCAUUGGUGGAAUAAUCUGCAUUGCCUUCGCCACUCAUAGCUGGAUAACCGACACGAGCCGGGAGCGAUCGGAUCGUGUGUGGGCACUGGGCAUUAUCGGAGCACUGACCUUCAUCCCAGGAAGCUACUACGUGUACGUGCUCUCCUGCAUAAUGCUCAACCGCAACGGCUUCACCAUGGACGAGAUAAGAAGACUGGGCUGAGAAGGGCUAAUCAACCAAAUUGCAUGUUUCGUCAAAUAGAGUUUAUUGCGUUUACACACUACAGUUAUUCACACAUUUCAUUGGCAUAAUUUCUUUAGCAACAAUCUUAAUUUGUAAUUCAUAAUGAUACAUAUGUAUUGCCCCGGUAAUUGUAUAAAAAUAUUUUGUAAAUA